AUGGAGGUUGUGCGCCUCGUCGACUCUGUUCUGAAGAAGGUGGAGAAUGCGAGGAACACGAUUAAGGAAGAUAAGAAGGCAGGAGUUGAUCUGAUGAUUGGCCUGGAAGCUAUCAAGUGCGACAUGGCACUGAUGUCUUCUGAGGUAAGUAAAAUCUGGUCGAAGAAAGCUGAGAAACCGGAGGAAUGGAUCUUCCUACUCCAAGACUUGGCUUAUGAUAUUGAGGAUUUCAUCGAGCGUCGUGGGCGGGAUCCCCAAACAUGUGCGCCCUUUCGUCUUCUUCACAUAGCCAUGGUAAUGGAUUCCCGUCCCGAGCACAUCGCUCUUAUCGAGCACUUCAAGAAUCAAAUCAGUAGGAUACAAAGCUCCAGGCAAAAAGAUGAAAGCCAUCCAACGACGCAACCGACGUCAACCAAGAAAGCUGAAGGUAAAAGCGGGCACGGCCCUGGAGUUGCCGGGCCCUCUGCUUGCUCUGAUGCUACUGGAUCUUCGUCGGCUAGUCUUACUCCUUGCGAGUAUAAUAAGCAUCUGGGUACUGGCAAAAGUGACAUCCUGGAGCUGCUGUUAGGAGACGAUGGCCAACAGAAGGAGCUCAAGGUGAUCUCCAUCUUGGGGUUCAGCGGCUCUGGAAAGACUACCCUCGCACGGGCAGUGUACAAGGAUGAAUCUGUUGUUAAGCUAUUCCCUCUCCGAGCCAUUAUUGACGUCCCCGUAUUCAGCAACGCGUUCGGAAUUCUACAAUGUAUUCUCAAACAAGUUCGUCGGGGAGCAGUCCCGUUGCAGACCACGUCCAGCAUUGAGGUGACAGGAUAUCUCCAAGAAUUCCUGCGUCGCAAAAGGUACCUUGUGAUCAUCGACGGAGUGCAGCUUCCACAGGAUUGGUCUGAUAUCAAAGCAGCUUUCCCCAGCAACGAGGAAGGCAGCAGAGUAGUUGUAAGCACGCGUAGUCAAUCCGUGGCCACCGCGUGCAGCUCUGGGAGUUACCUUUACAAAAUUCGAGCACUUAACCGGCGUGACUCGGAGGAUCUGUUCUGGGGAAAGCUCGGUCUAGAGAAUCGUCGACCUUCACUGGAGGAUGAAUUGAAAACCUUAUUCGACAAGUGCGACGGUUUACCGGAGGCACUGGUUCAGGCAGCUAAGUUCUUGAGCCAGCACGGCGCAACUCUAACAGAAGAAAAAUGUGAAGAAGUUAGCCGCGCACUUGGUAGCCACAUAGCAGGCGACGACCCCGCGUUCCGGGAGAUGAAGAGAUCGCUUCUGCAGUGCUACGACAGCCUCCAUGACCAAUGCCACAAGGCGUGCAUGCUCUCCGUGGGCAUGUUCCCAACGGGGCAUCGGAUCAGGAGGAAGAGCUUAGUCAGGCGGUGGAAAGCCGAAGGACUGCUGGUAGGAGAUGUCUAUUUCAGCGAGCACGAUGUGGCCUUAGGCUGCCUUGACAAGUUGGUCGACCUCAGAGUCAUUGAGCCGGUGCUGCUCGGCGACAAUUCCAAGGUGAAGCGCUACAAGGUCUAUGGUGUGAUGCUGGAGUUCAUCGUGCACCGCUCGGUCUCGUGGAACUUCAUCACGCUGAUUGACCACGGCAAGGUCGUGCGAAGCUACGCCACCGGCUGUCAUCCCCGUCGGCUCUCUGUCCACGGAACCGGCGUAACACAAGAAGAAAUAGGAAAGAUAGAGUUAUCUCGCAUCAGGUCACUGACUAUAUGCGACAGCAACAAGAUGGACUUUGACAAGUGUGAGUUGCUUCGAGUGCUUGACCUGGAAGGCUGCACCUGGCUUGAGGAUGCCCAUCUUGACACCAUAUGCAAAUUGCUGUAUCUCAAGUAUCUGAGCCUCCGGAGUACACGGGUAAGUAAGCUCCCCAGGAAAAUGAAAGACCUGCACUGUUUGGAGACGCUGGACGCACGGGAUACACGGGUCGAAAUGCUGCCCAUGGAGGUCCUGAUGCUGCCGCAGCUUGUGCACCUGUUUGGCGAGUUUCAGCUGCCUGCCGACCUUGGAGAUGCCAAACGGAAGGACAAGCUCGCGAAGUUUUUCUCUGACAACAGUAGGCUGCAGACUCUGGCUGGAUUUAAAACUUGCUAG